ACGUUUUUGUCUUACUAAUUUAAAUAAGCAAAAACAUGAAACAUUUUCUGCUAAUCAGUAGAUCAUAUGAACCAUGGUCCUUCCCCUCAUUCUCCUCUCCUUCUUCACCUCUCCCUCCCUCUUCACCGAAUUCACCGCCGCGCUCGACGUGCUAUCUCCGCACCAGACACUUGCGGACGCUGCCGGCGGAAUGCUGGUUUCCGCGGAUGAAUCCUUCGAGUUAGGCUUCUUCUCUCCACCCAACUCUGGAAACCGUUACGUCGGAAUAUGGUUCAAGCAAGUCUCACUACAAACGCCCAUUUGGGUAGCAAACAAAGACAACCCAGUAACAGAUACGUCUGGUGUCCUCACAAUAAGCCCCACUGGCAACAUAAUCAUCACUUCCAACCAAACAAAUCUCAUUUGGUCCUCAAACUCAACAAUGUUAUCAGCCAGUCCUGUUUUGCAACUCCUAGACAUUGGAAACCUUGUUGUGGUCAAUAGCAAUACAGGGAGUUAUUUAUGGCAAAGCUUCGAUCACCCGUGCGAUACGUUAGUACCCGGUAUGAAACUGGGAUGGGAUAUUUCCAAAAACCAAGAGUGGUACUUAACGUCGGGGAAUAGUUUGCAAGAACCAUCCACAGGCGAUUAUACGUACAGGGUGGACCCUCGGGGCCUCCCCCAACUAGUACUUCGCCGAGGAUCAACGAUCUCUUACCGAAGUGGACCAUGGGACGGUGUUCGCUUCGGUGGAAGUCCUCCACUAACUCCAAUGAAAGAGAACACCGUCUUCAGUCCUAAUUUCGUAUACAACACAACUUUUGUCUACUACUCGUUUGUUAACAUUGAGGAUACUAUCAUUUCAAGGUUUGUGGUGAACCAAACAGGAUUACUUGAGCACCUCGCAUGGAAACAGGGGAGCGGCGAGUGGGUAGAUAUAGCAACACUGCAAGCGGAUUCAUGUGAUACGUAUGAUCUUUGUGGACCUUAUGCGAUUUGCAACAUAAACGAAAUACGAAUUUGUCAUUGCAUGGAUGGGUUUGUACCAAAAGUUCCAGUGGAGUGGAAUAGGUUGGAUUGGUCAGGUGGGUGUGUGGCAAAGACAGAGUUGAAUUGUACGGUGGCCGCGGGGUUUAGGAGGUUUUCCAGGCUGAAAUUGCCGGACACGUCCUACUUUUUGGUGAAUAGGACAGAGAUAAGUCGGGUGGAUUGCGAAGAGGCUUGUUUGAAGAAUUGUUCUUGUUUGGGAUUUGCUCAAACUGAUAUUAGUGGGUGUGUGGUUUGGUCUGGGGAGUUGCUUGAUAUGAGAGAGUAUCAUGAAGGCGGACAGGAUUUGUACGUUCGGCUGGCUGCUUCUGAGCUCAGUAAGUUCUUCACAAUGAGCAGUAUUACGGACACAGAUGUUUGAACGCAAAUUCCGACACACAGAUUUAUCUAGAUCUGUUUGAUGCAC